AAUGUCACGUGACAAUCCAGGUUCACUUCAUCUGAGUGAAUUCCACUAGUGCGUGCUUUGCCGUUCUGGGCCGUAGUGAGGUGGAUGAGACAGAGGAUUGUGAGAAAACGACCUGCUCUGUAAAUAUGUGGACUCGGUUACUUCCGUAAGGCGUGACCUCACUGUCAUUCACGUCGUUACGGUUACUCGGCACAGAAUGAGUCACCUUUCAGCAGACUCUCAUUCACAGCAAAUGAUUGCAUCAUAACAGUAUUGUCCCAUCUCCCAACCCUGUGGUAUUUACCAGUACCAUGGCCAUGUUCAGCACUGGAAUCCUCGUGCUGACGGCUCCUCUCAACACCCUCCCCCUGCGCAUCGCUCCAGUACUCAGCUCAGCCGCUCAGCUUGUAGAGCGCACGCUGUACGUGCACCUGCAUCCCGGUUUGAACCUGGGAAGUGGGACCCAGCCUCGGCCGGUUUACCUUCCACCGGUGGUGGACCUGUCUACGCUAAUUACUCGCCUUUACAGCAACGCAGCCAAUGUGUGCGGCCACCUGGACGUUCGUGUUUUGCUGACCAACGUACGCGCUCAGUCAGCUUCCAGCGGCGGCCUCCUGAACCCAAACUGCCCCUUUCCCACACCACAGUCCCUGUCUCACUCCCCAGAGGUGGUGCUUACGGACUUUCCUCUGCAGGACCCUGGCCAGUCUCAUCAGGUCACCCAGUGUCUGCUGAAGUACACGGGCCACUGCUACGUAUGUAGCCCCAAACUGCAUUCAGUACUGCUCCACCCGCAGCUAAUGCAGCUGGAGGAGAAACAGGAAAAUAAUUUCAAUGAAGCGGAGGAAAAGACAGAACCAGUACCUCUGGAAACCUAUGGUGAUGUGGUAGUAGGGGGGACGUUUGAUCGCCUCCAUGGGGCUCACAAGACGCUGCUGGACAUCUCAUGCCUGCUAGCCAACAGAAGGUUUAUUAUUGCUGUGUGUGACCAAGCAAUGCUGAAAAAAAAGGUCUUAAAGGACCUGAUUGAGCCCUACUCUCUGCGCGUUCAGAGGAUACGAGAGUUCCUGCAAGACACCAAACCCUCGCUGCAGGUGGAGAUCGUGCCUCUGCACGAUCCCUUCGGAGUGUCUGUGGUUGACCCUUUGCUGCAGUGCAUUGUGGUCAGCGAGGAGACGAGAAAAGGAGGCGAGGCUGUGAACAAGAAACGCUGUGAAAAUGGCCUUUCCACUCUUGUUCUUCAUGAGAUUCAGCUGCUUAAGGAUGCACAUCACACAGACAUAGAGGAGGAGAAGAUCAGCUCCUCCAGUUUACGCUCUCGCCUGCUGGGCACGCUCGUGAUGCCACCUAAAGACACGUCCCUUCUGCCUCCCAUUCCAUAUGUGCUUGGUCUAACAGGAGGCAGCGGCAGUGGAAAGAGCUCCAUCGCCAGGCGUCUGGAGGCUUUGGGUGCGGUUCGGGUUGACUGUGACAAGCUGGGCCACGAGGUGUACCAGCCCGACACAGCAGGCUACCGCAGAGUUAUUGAGGAAUUUGGGUCAGAUAUUCUGAAUGAGGACAAAACCAUCAACAGACGUACAUUAGGAAGAAAGGUUUUUGGAAACCAGGAGCGGUUAAAAGCCCUAACAGACAUUGUGUGGCCCGAGAUUGCGCUUUUAGUAAAAAACAGAAUCGGCCAAGCCAGAGACGAAGGCAAACGGGUCUGUGUGCUGGAUGCUGCAGUUCUUCUGGAGGCCGGAUGGGCAGAUAUGGUCCACGAGGUCUGGGUCAGCAUCAUCCCGGAGGAGGAGGCGGUGGUGAGGAUAACGGAGCGUGAUGGGGUGACGACAGAAGAUGCUCUACGCCGGCUGCAGAGCCAGUGGCCCAACAGCAAGCAGGUAGAACACGCUAACGUGGUCCUCAGCACGCUGUGGGAGCCAGAGGUCACUCAGAAACAGGUGCUUAAAGCCUGGAAUCUUCUUCAGGAGAGAAUCCAACAGAGGCAGAGGGGAAGUAGGAAUGCGCAGGUUACGACAUCAUCUCAGCUGUAAGUUGUGCCACAAACAGCUGAUCCAGAGACAGAGACGCUGCCUUAAAAAGCAGUGAGAUGUCCAACGCGCUCACUCUCUUCCCAGUGCCUGUGUGACUCCCCACAUUUUAAAAUUCUGACUCAAGCUGGAAUUCAGUUUCAGAACUAAUAACGGAGUUGUUUCCUCCUGAGGCUUGUUUUAUACACGACAUGCCUUUAAAUGGACACAGUUGUAUCAGUAAAAUACACAGCGGUUUAACAAAUGAUAAUGCUUUAGCCAUGUUGUCAACACUAUGUUUUUGCUUUCUUAGCAUAAUUAACAUCAAAUUAGGUCAGAGGAAGAGGAGACGUACGAUGUUCAAAGACUGUCUGAAUGUUACUGUUAAACUAAAGGUUUCUGUCUUGUAGAUUCAAGAUUUUGAUUAUGGGGAGAAAAAUUAAAAUAACCAAUCAACAAUAGAUUUGUGUAUAUGACUGGUGUAUUCCUCAUGUAGAUAAAUACACAGGCCACUGGAAAGUUUUAAGAUGAAAUCAGAAUUUUAAAGGUUUGUGUAUACAAUGUAGUUUUAAUUUCAAGGAAAGGAAAGUUUUUAUUCCUUGACUCUGAAACAUUAAUGUUCUUUCCUUUACGCUGAAACCAGCAGUGUGUUUUUAUUUUAACAUCCUCACCCGCAAACAAUAAUAAAUGAAAUGUUUCCACA